GGCGGGGGGGGGGCGGCCGCCGGCGGGCAGGGCAGGGCAGGGCAGGGCAGGGCAGGACCAUGCCCCGCGUCCCCCCGCGCCGCUGAGCUCGGCCGCGGGCGGGGAUGAUGGAUCCUUGCCUGCCUGCUCUCAGUGCCGGGGCGAACGAGCGCGCUGCCAAUGGAGGAGGACAUUGAUACCCGCAAGAUAAACAGCAGUUUCCUGCGCGAUCACAGCUAUGCAACUGAAGCUGACAUUAUCUCUACAGUAGAAUUCAACCACACAGGAGAAUUACUAGCGACAGGGGACAAGGGGGGUCGGGUUGUAAUAUUUCAACGUGAGCAGGAGAGUAAAAAUCAGCCCCAUCGAAGGGGAGAAUACAAUGUUUACAGCACAUUCCAGAGCCAUGAACCCGAGUUCGAUUACCUGAAGAGUUUAGAGAUAGAGGAGAAGAUCAAUAAGAUACGAUGGCUCCCUCAGCAAAAUGCAGCCUACUUCCUUCUUUCCACCAAUGAUAAAACUGUGAAGCUAUGGAAAGUUAGUGAACGAGAUAAAAGACCAGAGGGCUAUAAUCUUAAAGAUGAAGAUGGCCGUCUCCGAGACCCCUCCAUGAUUACAACACUACGGGUACCUGUGCUGAGGCCCAUGGAUCUAAUGGUGGAGGCCACCCCCAGAAGAGUGUUUGCCAAUGCACACACAUAUCACAUCAACUCCAUAUCCGUAAAUAGUGACUAUGAAACCUACAUGUCAGCUGAUGACCUGAGGAUAAACUUAUGGAACUUUGAAAUCACCAAUCAGAGUUUUAAUAUUGUUGAUAUAAAGCCAGCCAACAUGGAGGAGCUAACGGAGGUGAUCACAGCCGCAGAAUUCCAUCCGCACCACUGCAACACCUUUGUCUACAGCAGCAGCAAAGGAACAAUAAGACUGUGUGACAUGCGGGCAUCUGCCUUGUGUGACAGACACUCCAAAUUUUUUGAAGAGCCUGAAGACCCAAGUAACAGGUCAUUUUUUUCUGAAAUCAUCUCUUCAAUUUCUGAUGUUAAAUUCAGUCACAGUGGGAGGUAUAUCAUGACCCGAGAUUAUCUCACAGUCAAAGUAUGGGACCUGAACAUGGAGAACAGACCCAUUGAGACGUACCAGGUUCACGAUUACCUCCGAAGCAAGCUGUGCUCUCUCUAUGAGAAUGACUGCAUCUUUGAUAAAUUUGAAUGUGUUUGGAAUGGGUCUGACAGCGUCAUAAUGACUGGCUCCUACAACAAUUUCUUCAGAAUGUUUGAUCGCAACACGAAGCGUGAUGUCACCCUAGAGGCCUCGAGGGAAAACAGCAAGCCUCGGGCCAUCCUCAAGCCCCGCAAAGUGUGUGUAGGGGGCAAACGAAGGAAAGAUGAAAUUAGUGUGGACAGUCUGGACUUUAGUAAAAAGAUCUUGCAUACAGCUUGGCACCCUUCAGAAAAUAUCAUAGCAGUGGCAGCAACAAAUAACCUGUAUAUAUUUCAGGACAAGGUUAACUAGGAGGAAAAGUUAUUCUUUAGGAAUCUCAUGUACUGAAUACUAGUAAACACAAGAUUUCAAAUCUUUCUUUUUCUUUUUUUCCCCCCUCCUUCCUGUUCAUUUGGUUAAUUAUUCCUCUGCAUAUAACAACCUUGUAGAGGUGAACAAACAGAUUCCAAUGUCCCCAGCCUCCUCAAAACUUAAAAGUAACAGGUUGGCAAAUCCAGUAGAUAUCACAUUUUCGUUUUACUUUUUGGAGAACUGAACUCGACCAAAUGAUAUGGUCCCUUUGAUAGCAGGCUUGGAUUUCUGAUGCUUUUAUUAUACUGAGUAAUCUUUGGUGGUUCCUAGUAUUGUUUUGGUUGUAGGCAUCUGCUGAUUUAAAAUGAAGAUAAACACUAUAUUAUGGGAUUUUUAAAAAGUCAGCUAAGGUCAGAAAAAAGGGUAUGAUCGUGUGUGCGUUUGUGUGUGUGCGUGCAGGUGCAUGUGUACACAUGCUCGUUGUUUAAGUAAUCCCAUUUUUUUAGUAUCAUUUUGGAGAUAAUUCACUUGUUUUGUGCAAAAUUAGAAUGUUGUUCCCCUGCCAAUGGCUUUUUAAAUUCAUAUAGUUUUUGAACUGACAGCAAAACCAAACAAAGUAGAAAAGAUCAGAUUUGCAGUGAAUGAGUUUAUAGGAGGGGGGGAAAUCAACUGUACACUAAGAACUGUAUAUUCUAAUCAAGGCUGCUACCUUCCUUCUUCACAACCCACAGAAAGUCUUAAGGAUUUGGCUCUGUAGAUACUGUGGUGCCUUUUUUGGUAUAUGAAAUACCUUUAUAAAUAAUGCUUCCAAAAUGCAUUUAUUUCAAACCAAAAUGAAUCUGGGCUUUUCUUCUACAUAACUUGUAUUUUGCUUUAGUCAUUUUGAAUUGUUCUGUUUUCAUGUCUUGCAUGUCAUAACUGUCUCUUUUCCUUUUUUAAAAUUAAUUUAUUUAUUUAUUCAUUCAAUUUAUUUUUUUUAAAGAUAAAAUAUAAGUUGCUAAUUUAUGACAUUCUAAGGAAAACCACCAUAUAUAGCUGCUAGCACCUGACUGCUUCACAUAGAGGUUGUCCAUGGUUCUACAGUAUAAUAAUAAUAAUAAAAAUAAUAACUCUUCCUCUUUGCAUGCCAAGGCUGCCCCUUUCUACUGCAAGGAUUAUUCAGGUCCCUUCUUUAUUUGAGGAAUGAUCCAAUUAAAACUGAAGUUUUUAUUCAGUCUGUGAACUGCUGCUGCAACAAAAGUAAAAACAAAAACCACUAUCGUGUUAAAAAUGGAUACCUAAUGUGCUGUGCAUUCUUUCUGCUUGUGAACAGUGAGCAAUAGAGCCAGCAGCUUUCAUUGUUGCAGGAAAAAGUUAUAUAAAUUUUUAAAGGCAAAAUGCACUCUUUAAAGCCUCUUGUGUAAGGUGUGAUUUGGAUUUCCAGCAUUUUCUGCUAUGUCUUACCAAGUUUGAUACCUUACAAGUGAGACUCUCUGCCACUUUCUCAAGGGGCACUAAAUCCCACAAGGAAAUUACAUAAAAUGCAUAGCUAACUGGGGACCUUCAGUAAAUUUCUCUGGGGCAAGAGGAAGCCACCCUUCAAGUACUUGGAUCCAAGCUUCUAAUUGUUAUUUAACUAUUUAAUACCCUGUCCACUCUUCAUGAGACUGCUCAGGGCAGGACCGGAUAAGAGUUUGCCUUGUUCAAAGGAAUGAUUACAAGAAAAAAAGAAGAAAAAAAAAAAGUAUGCUGGCUUAUACAUUUAUUACAAGUAAUGGCUUUCAGAAGUAACUUUUUUUUUAAAAAAUGAAAUGGUUUUAAAAAAUUAGCAAGAGUAAAUGAGUCAUUUUUUAAAAAAAUGUUCCUUUUUUGUUCCUGUAAAGAAAGCCUGCACUCUGGCAUCAGAAGUAAAAGUUGU